AUGCAAAAAGGGAUAAUUCUCACAUGCACUCUCAUCCUCAUCCAGUCACAGCAAAUUGAAACAGAGUGUCCAAUUUAUCGUUGUCACGAUGAAUCUAAAGCAGAAGAUGAGUGCGCUAUUGUGAAUGGGCCUGAUUUUAUAAUUAAACCAUGUCCUGAAGGCCAAUCCUGCGAUCCCACAAUAAGAAAAUGCGUAAAAAGCAGCAAAGUUUUAGCAUUUCCAGGAAAUAAAUGUGAUAGUGAGCAGAAAUGUUUGUGGGACUGUAUUGAUGGGGUUUGCAGGGGAAAAAAAGAGUUCGAGAAUUGCCAUUCUGAAAUAGAAUGUGACAGCGAACUCAUGUGCUACAAAGGCUCAUGCCGUAAAAAGAUCUCCCACAGUGAAAAAUGCCUCAAAGACUACGAGUGUCCUAACGAUGAAUUUUGCUAUAAUGGGGCUUGCACAAAAUAUUUCAGUUUAAAAUCUGGAGAAUUCAUACACUCAUGUAUAGAUUAUGAAUCCAAACAAUGCUCAUCAGGGAUGUGCUAUUCCUACCGUUGUAUUGACGAACUCUCAAUUGAAAGAUUUGAAAAAAAUCCUUGUUCUGACCAUUUCUGUGAGGUAGUACAUGGUGAUAUGCAAUUUUACCACAAGUGUUCUUGUGGGCUAAGCCCUAAUGGGGAUUCUUAUUGUGAAUCAGUAGCUACAGACCCAGUAAGAGCAGUAAAACGCAAAUUAUGGAAAAAAUGGGUAAAUAGCAAAGAAAUCCAUAAUUGCAAUACAAUACAAAGAUUUGACCUUUCUUGUGUAAAAGAUUGGGACUAUGAACUGUACAAGAAUAUUUUAUAUUAUGACAUAAUAAUCAAAAAUUUUGCCAAGUUGCAAAACAUUGAAGAGUGUGUACAAAACAGUGUUUUUCCACAGAUUCGUGACUUGAUAGAGCAAGUUGAUGGGUCUUAUGGGAUUGGGCUGUUUUUAUAUUUAAUGACAUUAUUGUUAGUAUAUAAGAUUUCUGAUUAUUAAUGGCUAUUAUAUUAAAUAAUAAAAACUAUUAUAGACUAAAAUAAGAAAUUUAGAAUAAUUAUUAAUCAAAAUUUUGUUAAAAAUAGCAUAAA